AUGUAUGAUGCUAUGGAAGAUCUACAUUCCAAAAAAUUUACUAAUAAUAAUAAAGAUAAAAAUAAUUAUGGGAGUAAUGAUAAAAAUUAUGAAUAUAAUAAUAAUGAAAAUUAUGAGAAUAAUGAUAAUAAAAACUAUAAGAAUAAUAAUAAUAAUAAUAAUAAAAAUUAUGAAAGUAACAAUAAUGAAGGUGAUGAUAAAAAUUAUAAAAAUAAUAAUAAUGAAGGUGAUAAUGAAAAUUACGAUUAA